GAAGUGAAGCCCGGUAUUGGACGUAAUCGCCUUGCUUCCUCUUCUACACACACAGCAGCACAGCCUGUUCGCUCUGUUUUCUAAGAACACACUGAGAGGGUGAAUUCCACACUCCUUUUUAUUCCUUUUUCAUUCAAGAUUGUUUCCAGAUGUUGGCCUCCCUACAAACUGUUACUAUGGAGCUCAGUCCCAUCAAUGCGUGCUUGUUUGCAGGAGCUCAGUCCCAUCAAUGUGUGCUUGUUUGCAGGUGUAGUAUCUAUCUCUCUAUCUAUCUAUGUAUAUUUAACAGUGGUGUGCUUUGCACAGCUCCCCUUCUCUCCCUGCUGUGAUGGCGGCACCAGCAGUGACUCAGACUCGUCCAACUCGUUUGCUGUGGCGGACAUGGACCUGGAUGUCAUUGAAGAGUAUUUAAAUGAACAGAGAAGUACGAGUGCACACCUGGCUGAGGUCCAGCCUGAGCCAGGAGAUUGCUGCUGGAAUGAGGAAGAAACCCGGAUUAUAGAGAACAGCUGGUCUGGACGGUUUCCCUACGAGUGGCAUCUUUACAGCACGCUUUCAAACCCCAGCUCUGAAUACUGUGGGCAAGCGCAAGCCCCUGCCUGGCACAGCACUGCCAGCGUCGAGUGGGGCCACUGCCAGUCUGGGUAUGAAGUGUGUCCAAGCAGCGAUUCAGACUCCCAGUCCAUGAUCUCUGCAUCCAAUGACAAUGACAUCCCCACCUUGGACAGAAGAGCAAAGAAAAACCCCAGCAGUCCCCAGCUAACAUCCCCCAUUGGUAAAAAGAAAGAGCGCCUCUUCCAGUUUCUCUACGAGAUGCUCCAGACCCCGGAGAUGCGACCCUGCGUCUGGUGGGUGCAGUCCCACAGCGGCAGGUUUCAGUUCUCCUCACAGAACAAGGAGAAACUCGCCGAGAUGUGGGGGCGGAGGAAAGGCAACCGGAAGACCAUGACUUACCAGAAGAUGGCCCGAGCUUUGAGGAAUUACUCCCGGACCGGGGAGAUCUCCAAGGUGAAGAGGAAGCUCACCUACCAGUUCAGCGAUUUCAUUCUGAGCAGGCUACAGGGAGAGAUCAAGAGAGGGAGCAAAUGAUAGAGAGGACUGUCAGGGAAGAACCCCUGGAAGAAAAAACCAUAAAUACUGAGUAUUUACUAACCUUGUAACUUGCACUGUCAAACGCUGAGAUCUGAAAAAACGCUUGCUUGUAAAUUUAAUCAGAGUUCUGAUCGGGUUGAACUGUGUGUCACUUUUUUUUUUUUUUAAGUGAAACUGCCAUUAUGAAAUCUAGUUUACAAUCGUAGAUGCUGAGAAAAGUGGAAAGUCGUCAGGCUUUGGAAAUAUGUCUGUAAAUCUAAGGAUUACCUUUAUUCUUUUUUAAAAGUUAAAACUACUUUAUAAGUAGCCAUAAUGUUCAUGUUGGAACACCUGCCUGACUUGUUUACGUUUAUUAUCAUUUUUUUGGAAUAAAAUAUUCUUGUAAUAUA